AUGCAAGCCAUCGGCACAGCAGUGGAUGGAGUUAAGAGCUUCGUGCCCAAGAAGUUCUCAGACGCCCUUGGUAGUGGCUUCGGUGAAGUUGUCGGGGAUAUAGUAACAGUCUACCCGGCUAUCAUCAUAACGGCGGCUUGCUCACUCGUUAUUGGCGUGAUAUACCUGGUUCUCCUCCGCAUGUUCGUUGGUGUCAUAGUAUGGCUUUCCGUCAUAUUGUUCUUCUUGAUCCUACUUGGUGGAGGGGUCGUCGGCCUUUUGUAA